CGCCAUAUUUGCGGACGGUGUCCCGGAUGUCCUAGUUGCUUCUCGUUGUUUGGGUGGCCCACGCGACUCCACACACAUCUAAACAAUGUCCGAUAACGCUGACGCCAAACCUGAGGGGGAAGGAAACGAGUACAUCAAGCUUAAAGUGGUGGGCCAGGAUUCCAAUGAGAUUCACUUCAGGGUGAAAAUGACGACACAAAUGGGCAAACUAAAGAAGUCUUAUAGUGAACGCGUGGGAGUUCCAGUCGCAUCUCUUCGUUUCCUCUUUGAUGGAAGACGUAUUAACGAUGAGGAAACGCCUAAAGCACUCGAAAUGGAAAAUGAUGAUGUCAUUGAAGUCUACCAGGAACAAACGGGCGGACAUUGAUGUAAAACAUUCCUGCGAGAGUAGGACUAAGGCAUUCUUAGGUUAAGGAGGCUAUGUUAUUUUUAUAUAUUUUUUUUCCCCAUUUUUAUUUGACUUCAACACAAGUACUUUAAUUGAUUGGAAAUAAGAAGUGCACAGCUCCAUCAGUGUGCUUUUGUGAAUAUGGGUACCAUUUUGUAUACCUUAAACAGUUAGAAUAAUUCCUGGUCAGCAAUGACAGGAGGAAUGAAACCCGAAUUUAGUCUAAAUAUUCCUCAUAGGUGUCAUUGUCUGAAUUGAGAGUGCAGACACAGAAGUAUGUAUUUAAUGUGUAUACUUUUUUCCUAGAAGUGACUUGCAUUAAAUUAAAAUAAUUGAUUCAGUAUUUAAUAAAUAACCAAAGCAUAACUGUCUUUUUAAUUAAGAGUUGCUUCAGUACAGGAAGCAAUAUUUACAUUACUUCAUUCGUUUUGAAUUUAGAAUACUAUAUCCUAUUAUCACUGGCAUUCGAAAAGCUGUUGUGUGUAUGUUUUUUGUGUAUUUAGAUGCAUAUGUGAAUGAAAGAAAGAGUUUUGUGUAAUACUUAUUCAAAUACAUUCUGAUUCUGC